AUGAAAUCCGCCGCGCUUCUCCAACAGCUGUUAUAUUUGCCCCUUCUUUUGGCGUCCGUUCUUCUUCGCGGGGCGGAGGCACGUGCCUCAUCGGAAUCAGAACUAUUGUGCUCUCCACUGGUAAUAGAACCAUACCAGAAUUCUUCAUGUGUCAUCAAUGUGCGAGACGCACAGCAAGAGCCUACUACGGCAUUUGACGUGGGUGAAUUCUUUGUGACAGCCCACAGCUCUGUAUCCAAGGCCGCACUGAAGGUGAGCCCACUGCGGCGUGACGACGAUGUGACAACGGUGGUGUUUGAUAUUUCUGCCGUGGAAAGCACAACCAUCACGGUAGACGUAAUGUGCGCGUCGGGCGGUUAUGCUUUCCCAAUUCACAAUAGCGGUUUAGUGGUGUCUGUUUUGACUAGGGCGGCGGUGCGCAUGGGGCCCAUUUUGUGCGAUGUCCCUGCAGCAGGUCUUUUUCUCAGUGGCACCACAACCUGUAGAACGGCCUUGUACGACGCAAACAAUCGUCGUGCGGUUGUAUAUCCAAGUGAUGUAGCAUUUGUCGAAGAGAACAAUAUGGGAUUCUUUCACUUUAUUUCUGGCAAAGGGGAUCUUGUUUUUAACUUCACGGCAGCAAGUCUUCCAAGCAUGUCAAUAGGGAAUUUCACACUACAUCUGACGCUUAUAGGUGACACCAACACCUAUUCUACUACCUUUCCUUUACUUUAUCCGGAUUUGUACCCAGCGGCGUCCUUUUCCACGCUAGUGUGCUUCAAUGAAACGGUUCCCAUUGCCUGUAUCGUGCGUGCUUUGGGAACCAUGGGCCCUGUUAGACUAAAUUUGGAUUACUUCCGAAUAACCCUUGAGAUGCUAGAUGAAGACUCAGUAGGGAACAAAUGGGUGGAUAACACUAACGCUUUUUCCAUUUCUGCACGUGCAUUGGCCCAAACUGAUACUGCAUUUUUUUCUUGCGAACUUAAAGUCAAUGACGCUAUUAAUUUAGAACGACUACAUGUGUAUAUUGUGACAAGUGCAGUUGGGAAUGAGAGGAAGAAACUGCAAGAGGUGCAAGGCUCACCGUUUGUGUUUGUUUCCGGAGUGAGGCCUAAUGCAGCUUAUGUUUCACUACGGGGUUGUAAAGUUCCUGCAAUUACUAGCGGAAAUCGUACACAGUGUUUCAUUGACCUUUAUAAUGGCGUCACUGGUGAUGUACGGUAUUUUCAUCUUGCUAGUACGCUUGGCGCGCUUUUUGAAAAUAUAACAUACCUUUCCAUGGACCCCGUAUUUAAGGCUCCUGUGGUGACUUUUGUGUACGUGGCACCCGUCUUGACUACCCGCUUGGAGGACAUCAUUACGCUUUUUGUGGACGGCCAAAGCGCAAUCCGAUCGCCAUUUCGCAUAACUGUAUUUCCACAGCAUAGUCCCACCAGUGAUGAAAGUUUCACUACUGUCAGGGGAAACAACGCCCUGGUCAUUGGCGUUGGACUUGCAUUCUUUGGUGUCGUCAUUGGCACUGGGUCAUUUGUAGCUGUAAAACGCACCCUGCGGUUCAAUCGUAUUCGCCAACUGCGAGUGAUACGUAAGACGCAAGAGUUACUGACGGAGGAAGAGGAAGCUGCCGCUUCCUCGGCGGUCGGGAAGGUGGGCAUUGAGCCCGUACCGCAGGUGCAGAAGCUUCGUGAGUCAGAAAGUGACUGA